CUUGUUUACAGGGGCACAUAUCCUGACAGCUGAUUUAAGUAGGGGAGACGUGUACUUUCCGUUCCGAUUCGGUUCCCCUAUUCAUUUGUGUUUUUUCUCUAUAACAUUAUCAACGUCGUUUACAUCAUCUGAGCGAUAAUCGCCGACCAUUAUGGCGACGGUAGAGGAGCUAAAGUUGAGGGUGAGAGAACUGGAAAAUGAACUGAUAAAGUGUAAGCAAAGGCAGUGUGCCGUGGAGGAUGCUCACAACCAGGCACAGAACAGACCGAAAAUUGUGAAAAUGAGCGCCGAAGUUGUGGAUUCCAACCCGUAUAGUCGUCUAAUGGCUUUAAAGAGAAUGGGCAUCGUGGAUGAUUAUGAGAAAAUCCGGACAUUCACAGUAGCUGUAGUUGGUGUCGGUGGAGUUGGCAGUGUGACAGCCGAAAUGCUCACUAGAUGUGGCAUUGGUAAGCUCCUCCUCUUUGACUACGAUAAAGUGGAGCUGGCCAACAUGAACAGACUGUUCUUCCAGCCUCACCAGGCCGGCCUCAGUAAAGUGGAAGCGGCAGAACACACGCUCAGAAACAUCAAUCCAGACGUGUCGUUUGAGACCCACAACUACAAUAUCACAACGAUGGAUAAUUUUACACAUUUCAUGGAUCGGAUCAGUCACGGAGGUUUGGAAGAAGGGACACCAGUCGAUCUGGUCCUGAGCUGUGUUGACAACUUUGAGGCCAGAAUGGCAAUCAAUACAGCCUGUAAUGAACUGGGUCAGAUCUGGAUGGAGUCUGGUGUCAGUGAGAACGCUGUAUCAGGGCACAUUCAGCUCAUCAUUCCUGGGGAGACGGCCUGCUUCGCUUGUGCUCCUCCGCUGGUGGUGGCAGCCAAAAUCGACGAGAAGACCCUAAAACGAGAGGGUGUGUGUGCUGCCAGCUUACCGACGACAAUGGGCGUGGUGGCAGGACUCCUGGUGCAAAAUGUCCUGAAAUAUCUGCUCAAGUUUGGUACCGUCAGUUAUUAUCUGGGCUACAAUGCCAUGCAAGACUUCUUCCCCUCCAUGACCAUGAAAGCCAACCCUCAGUGUAACGACAGCUACUGCAGGAGACAACAGGAAGAGUACAAGAAGAAGGAAGCAGAGCGGCCCAAGGUGGAGGUUGUGGAGGAAGAAGAGGAGGUGGUCCACGAAGACAAUGAAUGGGGUAUUGAACUGGUAUCUGAGGUGACUGAUGCAGAGUUGCAGGCUGCAUCUGGUUCUGUGCCUGACCUCCCAGAGGGCAUCACUGUGGCUUAUACCAUCCCAGCUGAGGACACAGCUGGUGGGGAGACAGUGGAGGAGACCGAACAGAGCCUAGAAGACUUGAUGGCUCAGAUGAGAAAGCUGUAGGCAACAAUCUGACGACGCAUUACUGCUAUUUUCUGCACCUUUUCUUGCGCAUCUGUAACAUUUUGUUUUACAGCAUCCCUAUAAAAAAAAAAAAAAAAUCCUGUCAUAUAAGCAAUUAUAGAAAAGCAGGAAACGCAUGAAAGGUGCCGCGAGUGGCAUUUCAUACACAAAAAAAAAAUGUUACAUGUGUAAUUUACUGGCUGCUUACAGUACAAAGCACUUGGAAUGGGAACGGUUUCAAAUGAAAUGUCAGAAACCCUAAAGAAAUAUCAGCUAAUACAUCAAUUACUGUGUUUAUUUCUGAGGUAUCGAUUAGUGACACGUCCCAACAUCUCAACUCUGUGCUCUGACAUUAACUCAUUUUAAAAUCAAUGUCCACGGCAACAUUACAGAACCAUGUUUAAGUUGUCUCAAUAAAGUAUUUAUUAGAUGGAA